GGUCAGGGAGGGACGGUUUCCAGGCACUUCCAAGUUUCGGUGGAGGAGGUUCUUGAGAAAUGAGAAAUUGGGCCUGUAUUAUUUAUAGUGCAAAUAUUUCACCAAUUCUCCCCUUUGAACAGCGAAAGAGAAGAGUCUCUAAACCGUCAACUUUUGCGACGCUCCCUCACUCUGAGCGCCAAGGCGUGAAGCGUGGAGGCAAAGGACUACAUAUCCCAGAACGUAUUGAAUCUGACCCGGAAGUUUAACUUCCGCGCUCUGGACAGAUUUGUAGUGAGUGAAAAUUUGCGUAAGAUAUUCAUUUACAAAUAGACAUAAAAUAUACAUAGCUACGCACGAAUGUCUUCUUGCUUCGAUGGGAGUUCUCUUUCAGAAACAGCGGCUUCCUGAGGCGACAGAACACAUUCCGGGACUUGAGGUGGCGUAAGAGUCGUGCUCCAGGUCAGAAGGCGGAGGUCAGAGGGCCGGAUUGGCGGGAGAAUGGGUUUGUGGUCCAAGAUCUGAGGCAGCGGUGGCUCUUCGAGGUCCAUUGUCCCGGUAGUAGCAUGAGGAUUUGUUCUCUUCUGGAAGCUGAUGGGACCAAAAAAUAGGCAGUGCCAAAAGUGGUGACAGAAGAAAUCUUGGGAGAAAGUAAUUUCGUCUCCGACUUGGGACAGCUGCUGGGCACACCAUGGCUCCUGUAAAGAUUAGUCACGUGGUAUCAUUUUCCUCUCAGGAUCCCAAGUAUCCUGUGGAGAACUUGCUGAACCCAGACAGUCCGAGAGGACCUUGGCUCAGCAGUCCUCAGGACAAGAGUGGGCAACUGAAAGUAGAACUCCAGCUGGAGAGGGCAGUGCCCAUUGGCUACAUUGAUGUGGGUAACUGUGGCUCUGCUUUCCUACAAAUUGAUGUGGGCCGUUCUUCCUGGUCCCUGGAUAGACCUUUUGUCACCCUGCUCCCUGCAACCAUGCUAAUGUCCCUAGCCGACUUAAAGCAGGGGAAAAACCGCUCAGGCGUCCGCAUGUUUAAAGAUGAUGAUUUCCUGGCGCCAGCCUCAGGUGAGUCAUGGGAUCGACUUCGCCUGACCUGCUCCCAACCCUUCACACGUCAGCAGUCUUUUGGCCUGGCCUUCCUCCGGGUGUGUUCCUCCCUGGACUCCUUAGAUGACCCUGUGGGAGGUCCCUCGGCCCCUGAGAGCUCUAGGCUGAGGCAGGGCUCUGAUGCUCAGGAGUCUAGUCCCAGCCCCUGGCUGGCUAAUCCUUCCAUCCGGAGGACAUUCUUCCCAGAUCCCCAAACGAGCACCAAGGAAAUUUCAGAGCUUAAGAAUAUCCUAAAGCAGCUGCAGCCAGGGCCUUUGGGCCGUUCAGCCCGAAUGGUGCUUUCAGCUGCCCGGAGGUUCCCCCCCACAAGCAUGGCAAGCAGGAGAACCAGCCCUUCAGAACCAGGUCCUAGUCAGCCAGCCAGCACAGAGCUCAGACCAGAGGAGCAGAACUCAGAGAAUCAUGUGGGCAGGACAAAGAGACGGAAAGUACAAGCCUGCAGGCCUUUAUCCAGCUCGAACUCACGGCCCAACCAGCGGGGGAUGGCAAAAGCAGGGCAGAGAGAAUACCACCGACGCCAGGCCCAAAGCAGUGGGGUCCAGGAUACUGCCCUGUGCCCCAUUUGUGCAGGCUCCUUCAGUGUUGAGGUUCUUCCCCAGCAUGCUGCCACCUGUGGAGAGAUCUCCCCACCUCAGCCAGCCUCUCCCUCCUCAUCACCAUCUUCGUCACAGUCCGCACUGAGAAUUUCUGCUGUGUGGUACUCACCAGUUCCUCUGGUCUCCAGGCCACAGCCCACCUGAACGGAGAUCGUGAACAAGAAGCUGAGGUUCCCACCUCCACUCCUGGCCGCCAUCCAGGAGGGGCGCCUGGGCCUAGUGCAGCAGUUGCUGGAGUCAGGAGUCGAAGCAUCAGGCAGUGGGCCAGGUGGGCCCCUGAGGAACAUGGAGGAGGCUGAGGACCGCUCCUGGAGGGAAGCUCUCAAUCUGGCCAUCCAGCUGGGCCACAAGGCCAUCACUGAUGUGCUGUUGGCCAAUGUCAAGUUUGACUUCCGGCAGAUCCACAAGGUCCUGCUGGUGGCAGUGGACACAAAACAGCCAGCCGCGGUGCGGCGCCUGCUGGCCUGGCUGGAAUGGGAGAAGGGCCCCAAAGUGGAUACUAGGUCCUUUUCACUGGCCUUCUUUGACUCAUCAAUCGAUGGCUCGCGCUUUGCUCCUGGUGUCACUCCCCUCACCCUGGCCUGCCAGAAGGACCUGUAUGAGAUCGCCCAGCUGCUCAUGGAGCAGGGCCACACCAUUGCCCGGCCCCACCCAGUCUCCUGCGCCUCCCUUGAGUGCAGCAAUGCCCGCCGCUAUGACUUGCUGAAGUUCUCCCUGUCCCGCAUCAACACCUACCGCGGCAUGGCCAGCAGGGCCCACCUCUCGCUGGCCAGUGAGGAUGCCAUGCUGGCUGCCUUCCAGCUCAGCCGGGAGCUCAGACGUCUUGCACGCAAGGAACCCGAGUUUAAGCCAGAGUACAUUGCCCUGGAGUCACUGAGCCAGGACUACGGCUUUGAACUGCUGGGUAUGUGCCAGAACCAGAGCGAGGUCACUGCGGUGCUCAAUGACCAGGACGAGGACAACAAGACUGAACCCGAGGCUGAGAGCCUGGGCCAGGCCUUUGAGGAAGGCAUCCCCAACCUGGCGAGGCUUCGACUGGCCAUCAACUACAACCAGAAGCGGUUUGUAGCACACCCCAUCUGCCAGCAAGUCCUGUCCUCCAUCUGGUGUGGGAACCUGGCUGGCUGGCGUGGAAGCACCACCAUCUGGAAGCUCUUUGUCGCCUUCCUCAUCUUCCUCACCAUGCCCUUCCUCUGCCUUGGCUACUGGCUGGCGCCCAAGUCCCGGUUGGGCCACCUACUGAAGAUCCCAGUGCUGAAGUUCCUGCUGCACUCUGCCUCCUACCUGUGGUUCCUCCUCUUCCUGUUAGGCGAGUCCCUGGCCAUGGAGACACAGCUGAGUACAGAGUGCCAGAGUGUCUGGGAGACCUCCCUACACAUGGUUUGGAUCACAGGUUUCCUGUGGUUUGAGUGCAAGGAGGUGUGGAUUGAGGGCCUACGCAGUUACUUCCUGGACUGGUGGAACUUCCUGGACAUGGUCAUCCUGUCUCUGUACCUGGCGGCCUUCGCACUGCGCCUCCUCCUGGCCGGGCUUGCCCACACGCACUGCCGGGAUGCCCCCAGUGGGGCUGCCUGCCACUAUUUCACCACAGCUGAGAGAAGUGAGUGGCACACGGAGGACCCCCAGUUCUUGGCGGAGGUGCUGUUUGCUGUCACCAGCAUGCUCAGCUUCACCCGCCUGGCCUACAUUCUGCCGGCUCACGAGUCCCUGGGCACUCUGCAGAUUUCCAUUGGCAAGAUGAUUGACGACAUGAUCCGAUGUGUACUGUUCAUGUUCAUCCUCAUGAUCAUCCUGACCGCCUUUCUCUGUGGUCUCAACAACAUCUAUGUGCCCUACCAGGAGACAGAACGGCUGGGCAAUUUCAACGAGACAUUCCAGUUUCUGUUCUGGACCAUGUUCGGCAUGGAGGAGCACAGCGUCGUCGACAUGCCUCAGUUUCUGGUGCCUGAAUUCAUGGGCCGGGCCCUCUAUGGCAUCUUUACCAUCGUCAUGGUCAUUGUGCUGCUAAACAUGUUCAUUGCCAUGAUUACCAACUCCUUCCAGAAGAUUGAGGAUGACGCGGAUGUGGAGUGGAAGUUCGCUCGCUCCAAGCUCUACCUGUCCUACUUCCGAGAAGGCCUGAUGCUACCUGUGCCCUUCAACAUCCUGCCCUCCCCCAAGGCCCUCUUCUACCUUCUCAGGAGAAUUUUCCACAUCAUCUGCUGUUGCUGCUCCUGCCACCAAACCAAGAAGCCAGACUAUCCGCCAAUCCCCACCUUUGCCAAUCCGCAGGCAGGGGCAGGGCCUGGGGAAGGAGAGCAAGGAUCCUAUCGCCUCCGAGUCAUCAAGGCCCUGGUACAACGCUACAUAGAGAGAGCCCAGCGGGAGUUUGAGGAGACCCGGGCGGACCUGGGCAACAGACUGACGGAGCUGACCAAGACUGUGUCUCGCCUGCAAAGUGAGGUGGCUGGUGUGCAGCGGACCCUGGCAGAGGGAGGGACACGCUGGCUACCUGGAGGUGCCAGCAUCCUCAGUCGCUACAUCACCCGAGUGCGUAACAGCUUCCAGAAUCUGGGCCCUCCCAUCCCUGAAACUCCAGAGCUCACAGUGCCAGGGAUUGAGGGGACCCAGGUACCUUCAGAACCUGGGCUUCAGGAUGUUGGAGGGGCUAGGAUGCCAGCUUCUGGAGAGUCUGACCCUUCCUCCCCAGCUCGUGUGUUAGUGCACAGGGAGCAGGAAUCAGAGGCGGAGGGGGACAUGCCCUGGGAGGAAAAUUUGGGGGUCAAGGGGGGGUCCUGAGGCAGUGGGAGAGUCCUUU